CUAACCUUUGCACAGCCUUCCCCCUCACGGCCUCACCGGCGUCGAUCUGUCCAACCAUCGUAGUUCGUAGCAGACGAAAAUGGCUUCCCGCCUCCUAACCAGAUCAGCGGCGGCGCGCCUCCUCUCCCACCUCCGCCGCAGGACGCCAGACCCUACCCAUCCCCUCCUCAUCUAUGGCGCUGCCUUGGCGUCCCUCCUGGGGCCCAUCGGUGACCUCCCCGCCGCCGCCGACUCAGCCCUCCUUCGCUACCCGGCGCGGUGGUUCUCCUCUUCGUCCACGGCGGCGGUGACGAAGGCACCGAUGACGGCGGACGGCCUUACGGUGGACUCCAUUGCCGGUAAGGGGUGGACGAUCCUCCCCGAGGCCGAGAGCGACUGGCGCAGCCACGCCGCGGCCGUCGCGCAGUCCAUCAAGCUCAUUAAGAAGCGCCUCAAGUGGGGAUGGAUACUUGAGAGAACGAAGCAACUGGCUGUGGUGUUGGAGAGGCCAGACCUCUGGGAUGAUCCAGUUUUCGCUGGGAGGGUUAGCCGUGAGCACGGUGAGCUCAUGGGCAAGAUUAAGUCAGUGAACCAGUUUGAGCAGGAAUUAAUUGAACACAUUGAGAUGUUAAGGCUUGCACGUGAAGAAAAUGAUAAUGAACUUGAGACAGAAAGCAUGAGUGCUUUAGCUGAUAUGAGAAGAAGUGCAAAGGAGAAAGAACUCAAUGCGAUACUUUCUGGAGAAAAUGAUUCCUGCUCUUGCUUCAUUGAGGUUCAGGCUGGGGCUGGUGGCACUGAGAGCAUGGACUGGGCUGCAAUGGUCAUGAACAUGUAUAGAUCAUGGGCUCAGCGACGAGGAUAUACAGUCACUGUGGUAGAAGAAAUGCCUGGUGAAAUAGCAGGAAUCAAGAGGGCCACUAUCAAAGUUGACGGUGAAUAUGCAUUUGGAUACGCCAAAGCUGAAGUAGGAGUUCAUAGAUUAGUGCGAAUUUCUCCAUUUGACAGUGGAAAGCGGCGGCACACUUCCUUUGCUGCUGUUGCUGUGAUCCCUAUUCUUGGUGCUGCCUCUAGCCGAUACCAGAUAAAAGACUCUGAUCUUCGGAUAGAACGUUUCCGUUCUGGUGGUCCUGGUGGCCAGCAUGCCAACACUACAGAAAGUGCCAUUCGAAUUGUGCACGUUCCAACUGGUAUAACUGCAACAUGUCAAAAUGAAAGAUCACAACACAUGAACAAGGCAUCAGCGAUGGCGGUGCUCCAAUCUCGUCUGGACCAGCUUGAGAUUGCCCGCCAAGCACAGAUGAAUGCUGAGCACACACAAUCACUCAACGAAAUCAGCUGGGGCAACCAAAUAAGAUCUUAUGUUCUCCAUCCAUACCGUAUGGUCAAAGAUCUCCGGACGAACUAUGAAGUAUCAGACCCUGAUUCAGUCCUAGAAGGAGACCUUGAUGAGUUCAUCUUGAAUUAUUUGUCUUCAUCACUGGAUGAAGCUGAUGGAACAACUCUGUUAGAUGGUGAUUAGCUUUAGCUAAUACUGUAAUGAGCAGGAAGAUUUGCAUGAGGCACUGACUACCGAUACAAUCACAGAAGCUGCAAAACUUGUGCCUACCAAUGAAGAGUUGAAAUACGUGUGUGACAUAAAGAAAGAUAUUCCCCUUUAACAAGCUCAUUGAUCAAACCCCAA